CUAAUUACCCGGCGAGACUGAACUACACGAGACAUUAUUGGACGACUCAAUUACGGCCCUCAGUCCCACCACCUGAGCUCAAGCAAGCACAGCUGCCGCCGCCGCUGUCUCGAGGCAGAGGAUGCAACAACUUGUAUUGGCGAAUAGCCGGAGAAUGGAGAUGGGCGGAGACUUGGACCGCUCGCCGUCCAUUUUCUGUUGUUUAUGGGUACCGAUGGGUAUAUAAUUGCAUUGGUGGACAUUAAUAGUCACGUUGGCGUGACGGCUGGAUGUGAGAUAUACUUUCAUUGAUUAGCUGGGGGCAGAGCUCAGCUUUUACUGGCCAGUCUGAAGUCUCAUUAUUUCAGCGGAACGGCUUUGUGCCAAGAACACUAAACUUACAGUCUGAAAGCAAGCAUCGUUGUCAAGUAGGCUAUGAGCCUGUUUGUGGAAAGUUUGAAAAAAGCACAUUUUUGUUCAUAACGAGCGUAUGUGUUUUAGCAUACAUUACACAUUUAUGUUAUAAACAACACAUGUCUUUACACACAUUGCAAUUGGUAUUGAUAAGUUAGGCUACAUCUCUCAUUUGGUGUGCAUUUUAAUUAUUUUGUGUCGGCUUCUUUGGCACCGCCCCGCUCUUGUAUUGUGCGUGCCAUAUCAUUUUGAACGAUUCCGGGAAGGCAGAGCUGCAAUGCUGGGAUUGUUUUGACAGUUGUGGCAAAGGGACAAGUCCGAAGCAUCUUGUUGCUGGCCUGGUUUGCAUCACAGCGCAUUGCCCGAGCUCUUGUCGCUCAUAAGAUGAUAGAUAAGAAGGCGAAAACUAGGGAGAGGGGAGACGGGAGAUGGGUGACCGAAAGCAAGAGCAGUCAGAGCUCGUGUAAUCUUAAUAUCCGAUUAUUUGAGCUGUCAGUGUCGAAGCAAGUGAAAGCCAGGGAAGAAGUCUAGCGAUACUGUUAUGACGGCUGGCUCCAGCGAGUGUCACUGAAAGAUCAUCGAUUGGGUGUUUGGUGUAAUGAAAAAUAAAACGAGGCACCAGUUUUUAAACAAAGAGAUUUUUAGACACAACCACACUUGUAGGAGUUGCAUAUUGUUGUGUUUGCUCUUCGGAAUAUGUUUCUUAACUAACAAGUUUACACGGUAAUAAUUUAAAAGGUCAUGUUUUUAAAGAAAGCAUCACUAAAUGUGAUGCAUUAAGCCCACCGCUACAAGCAGACGGAACACAAUGAAAAGGGCGGUGGCACUGGUGAAGACAGUCUUGAAUUCAAUCUAAUUUUACUGAACGUGUCAUACUUGUCAACACAAAUAGAUAAUACAGGUCAAUCGAUUGAGAAAAGAACGAUUUAAUAUUUCUGCGCUGUGUAUCGGGUUUCUCUCAGAUUGUCGCUGUUUUUUAUUCAGAGGUGCUGAAAAUGCAGCCAGCAGUCUAUGAGAGGGAGCGCUACUCCCCUCCCCCGCAGCACCGAGCGGUGCACGGGAGAAAGAGAGGGAGGGGGAGGACAGAGGAGAGAGCAGGGGAGAGAGAGAGAGAGAGAGAGAUAGAGAGGCAGCACCGUGUGAGGGAAACAAGAGUCAGCCGCACGGAGAGAGAGAAAAAUAUCAGCAGAAGCUACAGGACAGAACAUGGAUGUUAUGGGAAAAUGUCCGUUUAACGAGGCAGCGGAGAGGAGACUUUGGUCAUCCUGCACAUAGUCGACUGUCAGCGGGCGACUCUCUCCCCUUUUUUUAAUGCUGUGGCGGGAGUAUUCGCAAGGCAAUCUCAAAAGGCGGAAAGCUGUUUAUAAUCCGUCUGCGGAUCUUGCCACCUUGCGAUGGCUGUUGCGGGGCGAUGUAGCACCAUAAACGAGUAUGUGCCUCUUUGUUUUUAUUUUGUUAUAGUUUUACUAAGUGUCCUUACAAAUGCGGUACAAGUUCGGUAUUCCAUUCCAGAGGAGCUGGAUCCCGGAGCUUUCGUGGGAGACAUCGUUAGGGAUUUAGGACUAGAGCUGAGAAAGCUCUCAACACGAAGGAUGCGUAUCUCCUCCGAUAACAGGAGGUAUUUUAAUAUUGAUCACAAAAACGGGAAGCUAUUCGUUAGCGACAGAAUCGACCGUGAGACGCUGUGUGAUUACAGCGGCUCCUGCCUUCUCAAUCUCGAGGUGGUUCUUGAAAACCCUCUCGAUACGCACGACGUGGAGGUGGAGAUUUUAGACGCGAACGACAACUCACCUUUAUUCCCCCGAGACGAGUAUCAGCUGGAGAUCUCCGAGUCCGCGCCCGCUGGGUCCCGGUUCCCCAUCGAGGGUGCACAGGACACGGACGAGGGCUCCAAUUCGGUACGCCUUUAUCGCCUCAGCCCAAACGAGCACCUAGCACUCGAGUCCAACAAACCCCCACCUAAUGGAAAGCACAUCGAACUGGUAUUAAAAAAGCCUCUGGAUCGCGAGCAGACGCCUUCUCAUCACCUAAUCCUGACAGCCACGGACGGAGGCACUCCACCGCGCACGGGCACAGCUAAAAUUAACGUGCGUGUUUUGGACACAAAUGACAACGCGCCAGUGUUCGACAGCUCUGUUUACAAAGUAAAACUGAAGGAGAACUCGCCCCUUGGAGCCUUAAUUAUAAAGCUCAACGCCACAGAUCGCGAUGAGGGCACAAAUGGUGAAGUGUACUACUCCUUCAGCAGCUACACUCAUGAAAGAGUCCGCCAAAUGUUCACCAUGGACUCUGACAGUGGUGAGAUCAGAGUCAGAAGCAAUGUUGACUUUGAGGAGACCAACACGUAUGAAAUGUACAUCCAGGCGAUGGACAGAGGCCCAGGUGCUGUGGCUGUCCACUGCAAGGUGGUGGUGGAGGUCCUGGAUGUAAAUGACAACCCCCCGGAGAUCGUGCUCUCCUCUCUGUCCAGUCCUGUGAGGGAGGACGCGAGGGCGGACACCGUGGUGGCUCUGAUCAGCGUCAACGACCGUGACUCGGGCCAAAACAAGCAUGUCACCCUGGACAUCAUCCCUCCCAACCUCCCCUUCAAGAUCAAAUCCUUUCGGAACCACUACGCGCUGGUCACGUCCGCCUUUCUGGACCGAGAGGCCAUUCCGUACUAUAACGUGACCGUGACGGCCAGCGAUGGCGGAAGCCCCUCUCUCUCUUCCCAGAUGGCUGUGCGUGUGGACGUGGGCGACGUGAACGACAAUCCACCGCGCUUCGAGCAAACCUCCUACACUGUCUACGUCACAGAGAACAAUGCCCCCAGCACUGCCCUGUGCGUGGUGAAGGCCACCGACCCGGACUCAGGCGAAAAUGCCCGCAUCACCUACACCGUCCUCAACGACAACAACCACGGCAUCUCGGUGGCCUCCUACGUGUCCAUCAAGUCGGACACCGGCGAGGUCUACGCCCUGCGCGCGUUCGACUUCGAGAAGCUACGUGAGUUCCACUUCCAGGUAAAGGCGCAGGACAACGGCAUGCCUCCUCUGAGCCGAGUGGUCACCGUCUACGUCUACGUCAUGGACCAGAAUGACCACACGCCGUACUUCGUGAACCCAUCGCCGAACAGCACGCACCCCUCCUCCGAGACCGUGCUGCGCAACGCGGAGGCCGGCGCGUUGGUGACGCGUGUGGCGGCCUGGGACGGCGACGCCGGGCAGAACGCGUGGCUACUCUACAGCCUGCAGCACCCAGCCGACCUGGACCUGUUCAAGGUGCACGAGCACACGGGCGAAAUCCGCACCACCCGCCGCGUGGUGGAGGACAACUCCACCCUCUUCAGCCUGGUGGUGCUCGUGCACGACCACGGCCUGCCGCCGCGCUCCUCCACCGCCACCGUCCACGUGGCGGUCAUCGAGCCGGCCAAGGCGACCCCCGACCCCAAGCGCAUUAUCCGGCCGCACGGGCAGCUCGGCCUGUCCAACGUGACGCUCUACCUGAUCGUGGCGCUCAGCGCCACCACCUUCGUCUUCCUGGUGACGGUGGUGGUGCUGGCCAUCGUCAAGUGCCACGCGUACUGCAGCCAGCCGGGCGCCUGCUCCUGCUCGGCCUGCUGCGGGAGCAAGAAGGCACCCAAAGACAGUGGAGGAGGAGGAAGUGGAGGGGGUAGUGGUGGUGGAUCGGGUGGAGGUGGGAGUGGUGGUGGGGGUGGUGGAGGAGGCGGUGGUGCCGCUGGGGGUGGCAACCAGGCACCCAACAGCAACGUGGCCCUGCGUCGGGACCUCAAAGUGGAGCCGCACUACAUCGAGGUGCGGGGCAACGGCUCGCUCACCAAGACGUACUGCUACAAGACCUGCCUGACCGCCACGUCGGGCAGCGACACCUUCAUGUUCUACAACAUGGGCCGACCCAUGAGCGGGACUUGGGGCUCGGAGCGCUUCUUCACGGGGCACAGCAGUCAGUUUGUGCGGCGGCUCAGCAUGCCGGACGCCACUGCCAUCCAGCCUAAACCUCCCAAUGCAGACUGGAGAUACUCGGCCUCCCUGAGGGCAGGAAUGCAAAGUUCAGUGCAUAUGGAGGAGUCCUCGGUGAUGCAGGGAGCCCAGGGGGUCCUGGUCCAGAACUGGCCGACCGUGUCCAGCGCUGCCGACGGAGUUGAGGGUGGAGAGGUGUCUCCGCCCAUGGGCGCAGGCGUGGACUCCAACAGCUGGCACUUCCGCUACGGAGGCCCCCCCGGGCCGCAGCACCUGAAGCCGGGCGAGAUGCCGCCGGAGGCCUUCAUCAUCCCGGGCUCGCCGGCCAUCAUCUCCAUCCGCCAGGGCCAGGAGGGCGACGACAAGAGCGACUUCAUCACCUUCGGCAAGAAGGAGGAGGCCAAGAAGAAGAAGAAGAAGAAGAAGGAGAAGAAGGACAAGCGGGAGAAAGGGAAAGACGACGACGAGUAGAGGAGUGGAGCGAGGGAUAGAGGAGGGAUAGAGGAGGGAUAGAUGUUUUUGAGACUCGUAAGACAGAGGUGCCAACACCAAUGAUAGAUAGAUAAGCCAACAGGAUGGCACAAACAACAUCCAAAGAGAGAGAGAGAGAGAGAGAGAGAGAGAAAAAACAUCCACAACCACCGGCAUGCUAGUCGUGUGCCCACGUGUUUCAUGGCUCCAACUGAUUUCCCCACAUUAAAUACUGAAGAUUUGGCCUUAAAUUGAUUCUCCUCAUCCCUAGUCAACUGUAGAGGGUUUUAAUCAGUCACGCCUUCUGAGAUUAAUUCUACUCUAUCGCCUGUGUGCCUGAGAGUUAAGGGGUGGCAUUGCCCCCUGCCCACCAUCCUGAUCUGCCUCCUUGGCUCAUGUUGGCACCUCUGUCUUACUUGGUCCUACUCGUAUAAUCUUUCCAGGCAUGGAAAGCAAACGUAAAACAAGAACAUCAACAACAACAACAACAACAACAACAAAACAAGCUCAUGUGGCUCUCCUGAGUUGAUAUAGAAAGCUGUGUUCUGAGAAAGAGAAAGCAAAAAAUAAAUACAGGAGGCAAGUCAGAAAGCUCCUGGGUGAAAUGCAUGUUAUUAGGCAGUAGGACACAUGCUCUUGUAAAUAUGUUGGUCACAAGAUGGCCGCCGUCUGUAUGUAAAGCAAAGUGACACGGCCACCGCUUCUGCUUGUUUUACUCUGUCAGUGUUCUCCGGAUGGAAACAAAAUGGACCCUUGUUCAGAUCACGAAAGGACACCCGAUUAUUUAAAAAAAAAAAAAGUCCUGGAGAGAGAAAAAGCAAGUAGACCAUCUAACCGAAUAGGAAAAAAAGCAAAAAUAUAUAUUUCAGCCGAACGACGGAAUGCCAGCACUUUUUUACGUUGUUUUUCUUUUUUGUUGUUGACCUUAUCAGCACACUCUCUCCAAGGCUCUGUAAAUGUGUAUUAUGGAAAUGUGUAUUCUCCCUUUCCCUCACAAACGAAAGAGCAGGGUCCAAAGUCCAGUUACUACCCCCAUCCCCACCCCCUAGUGCUGGGGUCAGCUAGGCCCCUUCUCCUCCACGCGUUCGCAGGGCUAGCAGCACACUCGCCUCCCUUGCAUUACUAAUUUUUAUUACAAGCAAACCUCUGGAGAGUAGAACUGGGUUGAAUCAUAGAGAAGGGAGGAACAGCGGGGAAAAACAGCCUCGGUUCCCCAGUGUGUUCUAACAAGCAGAUUAAAGCUUGUGUUGGAAAGUUUUGUUCUACGAUUGAAGUUGUUGGGAGUCGUUUUAGAGCACUAGGAAUGUUUUUCUUUAAAAAAAAAAAAAAAAAAGAAGUUAACCCUCUCCUACCCAUUCCCCCUCUCUCCCUUCUUAGUGAAAGCUUGAAGCUUAUGCUGUGAAUGUUUGGUAGCGCCUUCCCGAUGCUUGUAGACUUUGCCCGUACCCCCCUUACCCUGGAUUUGUGCCUGCUUUCUCAGCUCAUCACUGAGUGAACUGACAGUACCCCACCAUCCUACACACACACACACACACACACACACACUUACAUCAACACACACAUGCACACAAAAGGACCCUCACUGAAUCUUACAAAUGACUUUGCUCCUUCAUACCAGGGUAUAUUGGUUCCAUUUUUGUUUGUUUGUUUGUGUGUUUUUUUGUUUUUUUUUCAGUUUGAGCUUUAGCAGUCAAGGGCCGUGCUUUCUUAUGCUCGCUCUUUUUCUCUUGUUUUGCUUUUGUCUCUAUUUUUCCUCAAGCUUUAAGUGAUCUUUAGGAUGUCCUCCUCUUUCAGGACACCAAACACUGUCUCUGUCUCUCACUCUCUCUCUCACUGACCAGGGCACUGGUCACUGUCCCCCCCUCUGGGUAGCUGGGUGUGUUUCUUCUGGACAUUGUGGUGUGCUCAACCUGUAGCAUGGAGUAAUGCUCAAAGCAAAAAGGCCUGUGUUUCGACCCAGAGGUGGCCCGGGUGGACUCUUUUAAGAUCUGUACGGUAUGUGUUUGGAAAACAAAACAAAACAAAACAAAACAAAACAACAACAACAAAAACACAAAACACAGUCCAGUGCUUUCUCUUUGUUUGUGAGCUUUUUCGAAAACCAGUGAUUGCCAGGUCUGUGUUUUGAAAACCGUGCGCGUCUCUGCUCACACGCUUGCGCUGGUCAUCACCACGUCCAAAGAGAGGAGAGGAAACGAGACAGACGUCAAGGGUCAGGCGUGACGGAGGUGACAGUGGGGACGCUGGGGUUGCAAAAACUCCUGCCUCUGUCCUCAAACCUUUCAAAUUAUAUCUAUUUCCAAUGCAGCUGAAGCCAUACUCUAAACAAAUGCACACUGAUCCUUUUUUAACUGAGGUCUAUUUGAGAUAAGAAUGUAAAUGUAUGAAUUGGCUACGCAAACAUGAACCAGCUUUUCCAAAAAGCCAAACCUGAAGUCUCUAUGUGUGUUAGAAGAGCUUCUGUAUCACCACUGUUCCCAUUCACCGUAUUGUAAGAAAUUAGUAAUCCAAUCAAAAGGCAGAAACAUGCUUCAGCUCCGCUGCUAUUGGCUCCCUUGCCCCACCUGUCUAAUCUGUAGCCACACCCCCACCAAAUCUCAUAGCUCAAAAUGUUGACGUCCCAACAUUUGUCGACUGCUGCAUGUACUAAUCAGAAGAAGAAAAAAUCACAUACUAUAUAGAGAUAUAUAUGAAUAUAGACAUAGAUGGCUAUGAUUUCUAUUAUUUUUGUUAUGAUCUUUAUGUUCAUCACUCGCACAAGAGAUUUGUGUAUGUACCGUCUCUGCCAAGCAUCUGCAUCUGACACCCUCUGCACCCACUCACGGUGGAGUUCUAUGACGUUAAACUAACCUUCUAGAUAUUUGUACAUGCUAUAGUGUGAUGCCCUCGAGCAUACUUUUUCCUCUUUUAUUUUCAUCUUUUUGUUUAUUUUUGAUGACUAAUGAUCAAAAAAAACAUGUAAAUGAAAAAAAAAAAAAAUUUUGUGUCUGGCUUUGACAUAAUGAUCUAUCUAACACUGUAAUAUUGUAAUGGGAUUACUAUGUAUGACAACUCUACAAUGAAUAUCUUCUCUUUCACCCCUUCUUUGAAGAAAAAAAAAGAAAAGCGAUAAAAAAAAUCCUAAUGUAAAAUACAGUAUAUGUAGUGUAUGCUUGUAUUUAGUGAGCGUUCAUGCUGUCAUUUUUUCUCAGUGUAUGGUGGUGGUCAGUAGGUGGCGCUAUGCUGUCCUUUGGGGCAGGGCACAUCUGUUGUUAAACCUUUUUGUACACCUGCUCAUCAACUGUAACGGUGAAGUAGUGAAGUUCAUUUAUCUCUCUUUUUUAUUUCAUUUCAAUGGAUAAAGUGGUACUGUGUUUUGUUUAUAAAUCACAAAAAUAAAUAAAGUUUUCUUUCUUAAGAACGUGA